CACCAGCGAUGGAUAACAUGAAGCUAGGAGCAAAUCCAUAAUGAACCCAUAGAAACAUGUGAAGAUGGGGGGAAAGUUUACGAGGACUCACAGACACUCUGCAGUUUGUACCGACUCCAUUUUGUGAGACUAAAUGACACAACAAGUCUUUACACAUCUACUUAAUGAGGUAGGUAGGUGUGUCAGACCUGCUGCCAUUAGCUUUGGGUGCUGUAGCCAGAGUAAACAGUCAUUCACUCACCGUCUGGAGGCAGCAGGAGGAGAGACCCAGCAGCUGAGGGGCAGGUAGCCCGGCGGACACAGCCCGGCAUCCCGCCAUGGCCACAGCGCGCUUCCCCGGGAAGAGUGUGGAGGUGUCUGCCUCCAACUGGACAGCUCCAGCUCUGGGCCGGCCCGUGUGUGUUAACGGGACCCCGUGGAUCCUCUACCUGCUGGAGGAGUGUGUGGAUAAUGUGUGGGAGUACUGCAGCGUGGUGAUAGGGCUGAUAUCCAUGUUCUGCUUUCUGCUGUCCACUCUGCCGCAGGUCUGGGAGGCCUAUCGCAAUGGUAAAGUGGAGGAGGCCAUGUCGUUUGGCUUCCUUUUCUUCCUCUUCAGUGGAGACUUGACCAACUUUGCAGGCUGCUACCUCACCAGCCAGCUGCCUAUCCAGGUAGUCACAGUGGUGUUCUACAUCUUCACAGACCUGAUCCUCAUCUCCCAGUUCCUCUACUAUAAGAUCAAGAACAGCUCCAGCAGAAAAAGCCCUGUGCUGAAGUGGCUGUGCUUCAUGUGGUGUGGCGCUGCUUCGUUAGCUCUCCUGGCUUUACCCAAACUCAUCAUAGACAAUAGUGCAACUUUAGACACCCAGAGUCCAACUACCUCUAGAUCAGUGGAAAUCAGUGGCUAUGUAUGUGGAUACCUGGCAUCUAUCUUCUACCUCAGCUCCCGUUUCCCUCAGCUCUAUAAAAACUUUCAGCGACAGUCUACCGAGGGCACCUCUUACCUGCUGUUUGCCCUGGCCAUGAUGGGCAAUGGGACAUAUGGGCUGAGCGUCAUCGUGGUCCUGCCUGCACUGAAGGGGUCAAAACAGACUUUCAUCAUCAAACAUCUGGCCUGGCUCAUCGGCAGCCUGGGGGUCCUCAUACUUGACUUUUUUGUGACUGCCCAGUUUGUCAUGUACAGGAAGAACAACUCUGCCAAAAGCAGCAAACUCCUCAGCAUCCCAGAGGUGGAGCCUCUGCUGUGUGAGGAGGUGGAGCUGUCCGUGUUAUAGGACACAGAAAGGAUACCAACGUGGGCGAACCCAGUCGAGAAUGAGCCGCUCAGUCUACGGUUUGUUUCUGAUCGUACUGUCUGACGUCACUGAUUCACUUAAAACACUUCAGCGAACAGAGACAUUUUAGAAGCAUCGUAGAAGGUGUUACCAGCCAUGUUAUAUACGUUUAUAGUCUGAUUCUCUGCUGUUAGGAGGACGAACAUGAUCAACUCUUGUCUGGUUUGCUGUGGUGACAGGACAGGAAAAGCUACACUAACUAUCUGAUGAUACAUUUUUCUUAACACCAGGGAUCUUGUUAAAUUAAACACCACUUAAGAACGUUUCUCUCUGUUUGUCUCUAGGCAGGCAAGUUAGCUUCAAUGAAAUCUUUUUCUGGUUAUGAGUACUGUCAUUUUUGAUACAUUCCUCCACGGGGAUUUCUUGACUCUGUUUUGGAUGGAAUAUUUUUAUUGGCCUCAUGGGACCAUACACACCCAGAGGAGGAGGCUUAGUGCUAGACGUCUCCUCACAAAUGCAAGCUUUAUGGAAGGAUGAAGUGCCUGGUAUAUUUACACGUUCCUGACAGGGUGAAUUCUGCUGCAGAGGAUUGCAAUAGUAUACUAGGAUGAAUAGUAUGGGACUAAAGAAUUGGUAUUUGAGUGCUAUAAAAUAUGAAGUUUCUUCUUUUUUUCUGGUGGUGAUUUACAGAUGGUUAAUCCAGUAGUAGAAUCAUAGUUUGUAUGACAUUAAGUAGCCAGUGUGCAAACGUCUGCAGGGGGGCAUCACUCCACCUGAGGAUUUAACUACAGGUGUUUUAUGACCUCAUUUCAAUUUCAGAGAAAUUAUGCGCCUAUGUGCUUUCUUGGUCCAAGCACCCUGCUGUCCCACUGAAACACGUUGUUUGUGCCUUUUUAAAUUAAAUACAGUCUUAAUAUAAAUGCACUGCAUUUCCAUUUCUUAACUAAAUUAUUUUUAAAAUUAAAUUAAAUUUAUUAACUAUUGACGGUGAUUUAUUUGAGCCACAAUUUUUCUUAGAAAAUGCAGCGAAACUUUUUCCUCUUUUUACCUUCUCUUACUCCUAAAAACAUGAUCUGCCUCUGUCGGUACUGUGAGCAGCAUUAACUGUUUUCUUGUAACAUCUCUGUGACAUCCAAAAACAUUCAUCAAAGCAGACAUUACCAUUCGAUAAAUUAUUCUCAGAUGGAUCUAAGAAUAGGACGAUUAAUGGGAUGUUGUUGAAGACUCGUUAAAGUAAUGAGGCUCAAAAUUAUUUUGCACAUUUGAGACAUGUUUCUGUGCUGUCGUGCCCGUUUAAAGAACUUGUCAAGUCACAUUUAUUUUUAAAACACUUUGUUCUCAUUAGCAUCACUGUGGUUCAGAGAGUAACACAAAACAAAUAGAUGGCAGCAAAGAAAAGCAAAAAUAAAAACAGGACAAAUUGUCUUAUUGAUGACGAGCACUUGAAGUUAGUGGAUAUUAAUUUAGAUCAUUAGCAAAUCUAACAGCCCAUCCGUGUUGUGCCAAAUGUGUGUGUGUCACCUGGUCAUCUGCAUCACUAAAGUACUGUACGUGCAGAGAUCUGCAGAUUCCUCUACCUCGUAGUGUGGGCAUGAUUUAUUUCUCCCAGUGUGGAACCAGUGUGUCUCCACAUUAAUCGAGCACACACUGCAUAUAAAAAUGUGAAAUAUACAAUUUGGUAGCAUUUAAACGACAAUGUUUUUAGAAAAUCACAGUUAGGAAGUAUAUGUUUAAUUUGGAAUUCUGUAGAUAUUGAGGCAUUUUUUCUGAAUUUGUUUCCUGAAAAGGAAAUUUAUUUGCAAAUAUAUGCAAUAAGAGCAACAUUUUUUAGGUUUUUGCAGAUUAUUUUUGUAUUGCACGAUUUAUACGUUGAUCCCUGAGUCUGAUAUACUUUUUAAUCUAACACAAAAAGUACAUAUUUAUUGUACAUAUUAUUACCGUAUACUGUAGACCAUGUAGUAUUUAAGAUAUUAGUUUUUACUUAGUGGUGACACUAUUGCUAUGAUAUAUUUAUUUUCUUUAAGUGUAAUUUAUAAUCAUAUUGUAAUUCCAAGCUAUGUGCCAGGCCACAGUGUCCUCUGAUAUUAACUGUAUGUAAAACCACUGUAUGUAUAUUGUACAAAACUUGAAUA